AUGGCCUCCGCAUCUCCAAACAACUCCUUCCCUUCAACACCAUACGCCCCGAAAUACGAUAAAUGGCCGUACAUUGCCUCGGACUUUCAGCGCUACGACGAGAACCCAGAUGGUGACUUCUACCAGCAACCACGGCUAGUUACGCAUAUUGACGGCCCGGCUAUCGCACGCUUGACACAAUAUUACGACACCGUUUUGCCCCGGAAGGGGGAGGUGCUGGAUAUGUGUACGAGUUGGAAAUCGUUUUAUCCAUCGUCUGUCAAAGAAGCGAUUCAGAAGGGCGAGCUAAAAGUCUAUGGUGUGGGUCUGAACAGAGAGGAGAUGGCGCUGAAUGGGUGUUUCCUGGGCAAGGAGGAGAGGUGGAGGGUACUGGAUUUGAAUGCGCCACCGCAUGAUGUUAGAGCAGGGUGGGAAGGCAACGACUUGCAUUUUGAUGCUACGACAUGUGUGGUUAGUAUUGAUUAUUUGAACGAGCCGCUGGAGGUUUGUAGGAAGUUGCUUGAGGCGACUAAAGAGGGAGGAACGGUGCAUUUGGUUAUUAGUAACCGGUGCUUUCCGAAUAAAGUUGUUGGGAGGUGGUUGAUGUUGGAUGAGCCAUCGAGGCUGGAGUUUGUGGGAGAUUAUCUUCACUUUUCCGGAUGGAAAAAUGUAGAGGUAGUUGAUCUUUGUGCGAGAGAUGAGAAGGGCAUGCGAGUCACAGAUGACCAAGGCACGGUUCUUACACGCUCACCACAUCUCCCAGACCAUUUGGACCCACUAUGGGUAGUUCGAGCUACGAAGCAGGCGUAG